GCUCGUCAGCAACGGUAGUGACGAAUAUUGCUGGGAGCAUGGCGGACGCCGGUGCACGCCUCGUGGUUCCUAGCGACCUGUUUCCCCUUGUGUUGGGCUUUCUACGCGACAACCAGCUGUCAGAAGUGGCCAAUAAAUUCGCUAAAGCAACAGGCACGACCCAGCAGGACGCCAAUGCCUCUUCUCUCUUGGACAUCUACAGCUUCUGGCUCAACAGGUCCACUAAGGCCCCAAAGCGGAAGUUACAGGCAAACGGACCAGCAACUAAGAAGGCUAAGAAAGCAUCAUCAAGUGACAGCAGUGAAGACAGCAGUGAGGAUGAAGAUGCCCAGCAACCUCCGGCAAAGAAAGUUGCUCUAGCUGCCAAGCGGACUGGUCUACCUCAGCAUCCUGGAAAGGCUGCAGCCAAAGCAUCAGAGAGCAGCAGCAGUGAAGAAUCCAGUGACGAUGAAGAAGAGGAGGAGGAUAAGAAGAAAAAGCCUGUUCAGAAGGUAGUUAAGGCUCAAGCCAAGGUAGUCAAAGCUACUCCUAAGAAGACUGAGAGCUCUGAUUCAGAGUCAGAUUCUGAUUCUGAUUCAAGCUCAGAGGAUGAGGCGCCAAAGAACCAGAAGCCAAAGACGACCCCUGUAACAACUAAGGUUCAGGCUAAAGCAUCAGCCAAACCAGGUGCUCUGGUUCAGCCAGUACCCAAAGUACCCAAAGUAGUGAAUGGCAAAGUAGCUGGCGGCAGCAGCAGUGAUGACUCAGAGGAGGAGAAGGCAGCAGCUGUCUCCAAGAAGGUUGUUCCUAAAAAGCAAGUAGUGGCCAAGGUGCCAGUGAAGACAGCUGCUGCCCCUGCCCAAGAGAGCUCCAGCAGUGAGGACUCCUCCAGUGAGGAAGAGCAGCAAAAAAAACCAGUGAAGAAAAAGCCAGGUCCCUAUAGUUCAGUCCCCCCACCUUCUACUGCCCCACUCAAGUCCCCAGCAACUAGCGCUCCUAAGAAAGCUGCAGAGAAGAAACUGCCUAUGGAGGAGAGCAGUGAGGACAGCAGUGAUGAAUCUGAUUCAAGUUCUGAAGAAGAAAAGAAGCCUGUAGCCAAGGCCGUUAUCUCAAAAGCAACCACCAAACCAGCUCCAGCAAAGAAGGCUGCAGAGAGUUCUUCAGACAGCUCAGACUCUGAGAGUUCUGAAGAAGCAGUGCCAACCAAGCCAGCCACUACCACUAAGAGUCCCUCAAGUAAGCCAGCUGCCACUCCUAAGCAAGCUGCGGCUAAGGCAGCCACAACACCUAAGCAAACUGCAGCUAAGGCAACCACAACACCCAAGCAGCCUGCAGCUAAGGCAGCUUCAACACCCAAGCAAACUGCGGCUAAGGAAGCCUCGACUCCCAAACAGCCUGUAGCUAAGGCAGCUUCAACACCCAAGCAGCCCGUAGCUACGGCAGCUUCAACACCCAAGCUGACGAGAAAAGCUGAUAGCAGCUCCAGCGAGGAGGAGAGCAGUUCCGAUGAGGAGAGCAGUACUAGUGAGGAGGAGAAACCCAAGAAGACUGUAGCUGCCGCUAAGUCCAAGGUGACAACCAAAGUAGCUCCAUCUUUGCCUGCCAAACAGGCCUCUCAGGGUGAUGAGGACAGCAGCUCUGAUUCGGAUAGCUCUAGCAGUGAGGAGGAGGAGGAAGUGAAGAUGUCUAAUCCCCCCAUUAAAAAGCCCCAGAAGGCAGCAGAAACCCAUUCCAAGCCAGCCUCCACAAAGAAAAGAAAGGCGGAGAGCAGUAGCAGUUCUUCCUCAGAUGACUCUAGUGAGGAAGAGGAGGAGAAGCCCAACGGCACUCCAAGACCACAGGCUCCCAAGAGCAGUGGCACCUCUACACCGACUGCUCAGAAUGGAAAAGCUGACAGUGACAGCAGUGGAGAGGAGGACAAGGCAGCAGUAUCUAAGCCAGGAAAGAAGCAGAAGAAGAAUCAGGCUGCCAAGGAGACAGAAACUCCUUCAGCUAAGAAUAUAAAUCUCCAGACUCCUAACACAUUUCCUAAAAGGAAGAAGAAAGGAGAGAAAAGGCCAUCAUCUCCAUUCCGAAGGGUCAGGGAAGAGGAAAUUGAGGUGGAUGCUCGAGUGGCAGACAACUCCUUUGAUGCUAAGCGAGGAGCAGCUGGAGACUGGGGGGAACGAGCCAAUCAGGUCCUGAAGUUCACCAAAGGCAAGUCCUUCCGGCACGAGAAAACUAAGAAGAAGCGGGGCAGUUACCGGGGAGGCUCCAUCUCCGUUCAGGUCAAUUCCAUUAAGUUUGACAGCGAGUGACCCUUUGGUGAUAAAGCAGGGGUGGUGAUCCAAGACCACUUACUUUCCUCAGUGGACCUGGGAACCCCCAACUCUGUUAGGGGAGGACCUUGGUUAAAGGUCAGCAGCUGAAAAUAGGUCCGAAGACUUCUCAUCAUAACAUCGGAUCCGAUCUGGUUCUCCUCUGUUGGUGACUUUGUAAAGAUUUUGUUUUUGACUGUUCAGUAGCAAGGACAAGACAGUAGGAUUGUUCUUUUUCUAAAGAAAAUUUGUUUUAAUUGCCCCCUCUCUACUCUGUGUAAGUCCUCAUAUUGAAAAAUUUGUAUGUUUAUAUAAAAUCAUUUCCAGCUUUUUUUUUUUGUUUUUGUUUUUUCUUUGCUGUGAUUUUCAGGGUUGGGUUCCCACAGAUAACGCCUUAGUUAUCAUUUGAGACAUGGUAAUGAUCACAUGUAUGCUUGCUGUCCAAAGGGAGAAUUCUGCCUAUCUGAAUGCCCAUGUUCAUACUUCUACCCUCCACCCCUUUACUCCACAGGGCCCUGGCGAGGGCCAGUGAAUGGUUCAUGUAUAUGUCUGUUAAGCAUGCACUCUAGUUUAUCUCCACUCAUUGGGGCAAAGACUGAAGUUUUCAACAAGCAUGAAUUCACCUGCAAAGAAGUAGGUGAAAUCCACUUUUUAUUUCUGGUGUGGUGUGAAUGCCAUGACUGAUAAGUUUGAGUAGUUUGUUUUCUGUAAUCUCAUCACGAUUACAUGUUUGCAGUAUUUGUUUGCACACACCACCACCACCCCCCAGUUUGAAGGCAUAAACUUCUAUUGUCCAGGGACACUUUUUAGUUAUUUUACCUUUACUAGUGUUGAAUACUAAAUUGAGGACUGCAUCUUUUCUUUUUACAUAUAUGUAUUUUAGAUGACAAAAUAAUGUAAAUUUGAAAAGCACAUAUCACUUGAUGUUUCUGUCUUACUGGCAGUGGUGACACAAAACUUGUACAUGGUUGGGAAUCUAUAACUAAUGGAGUAAAAGAAGAAAAAUUGGACAUCUCAGUCCUCUGUAGAGUGCAUUAAUCAGGUGAAUGUAUAGGUUAACCUAACAUAUGUACUAGUGAAGAUGGAAAGAGUCUUUACAAAGUAAUUAUCUGGUAUUAUCCAGUAGAAUACAAUCCAGGGAGCAAUUGGUUUGCCUCCACUGACAGUACAUUAACUGUCAGUAAAGUGGAGGUGAUAUUAAAAAAGCAGUAAUCAGAGGUGACUUCUACAUCAACCAGGCUAUUAAACCAUAGGAAAUGCACAUUGGCAGUGCUUAGCAAGAUGGGGAGGGAAGAGUCGGUUAUUUGGAAACUAAGUUGUCCCUGUGGAGGGAGUGUGCCCUAGCUUCAUGGAUGAGUAUAGAUUUCAAGACUAGCAUGCCUUACUUGAAAGCUCACACUUGCUAAGUUACUGGAUAAUCUGAUUUCCUUGUGACUGCCUCUGGGUUCAUGCUGACACCAGCAUUUCAGUCUGCAUGGUAAAAGCUAUACAUCCUAUUACAAAAUAAUAAACUGGCUAAUUUGUAAUGUG